UUGUGAGAGAGACGGCCAUUUUUGGUCUUAUAUAUACACUCUCAAACCUACCUCUCUUUUCAAGCCCAGAUUUCAUUCUACGCUCAUACACCCAAAACAGGGAUUACUAUUUUCUCUCCUCUUUUUCUUUCUUUUUACUCUGCAAUUAUUCUCUUCUUUUCAACUUCUUCCAUUUCCCCCCCUUCUCUGAUUUCCCCGUUUCUUUGAGUUCCCUUUCUGUCAUCAUCCUCUGUCUUUGUAAUUUUUCAAUUUUGCAUUUUCUGUUGUUCUACACCCAGAAGGCUGCUUCUUUGAACUCAGGUGAUUCUGAAUAGAGAUCCAGAUUUCUCUGUUUCUUUGGUGAAUAUUUUCUGUUUUUAUCGGCUUUGAGGGUGUUUUUUUUUAAGUCCCUCAAGUUGAUUGUAGAAACAAACUUGUUUUUCUUCUCCUUCUCUUGAACUAUAAUUUUGUUUUCUUGGGAUCUUUUAACACUUUGUUUUGCUAGUUUUGUAAGUUUCUUUUCACAAUUCACAUGGCAGCAGUUAUAGAUGUUUACGGUGGAACCUCAACGCCGGUUUACUAUUCGGAUCCUUUUAGCGAAGAAUUAAUGAAAGCACUUCAACCUUUUAUGAAAAGUGCUAUUUCAACCUCCUCCUCCUUUUCUCCUUCUUCUUCUCCUUCUCCUCCUCAUCCUUCUGUUUCUUCUCAGCCUAGAUUAAUCCCUGAUUUUUGCUCCCCGUCGAGUACCCGCUUGUUUUCUCAAGGGUUCUCGGGAAUUGAACAAAUGGGUUUUGAGCAAUCAGGUCCAAUCGGGCUAAACAAUCCCACCCCUUCUCAAAUUCUCCAAAUUCAAGCCCAAAUUCAACUGCCCUCACCAACUAUGUCUUCUUUCUCUUCUUCUUCUUCAUUCCAAUCCCAAUACCAUAACUUCCUUACCCCCAAAUCCUUUCCCAUGAAGCACAUGGGCUCUCCACCUAAACCUAAUAAACUCUACAGGGGAGUCCGGCAGCGGCACUGGGGGAAAUGGGUGGCUGAAAUUAGACUCCCCAAGAACCGAACUAGACUCUGGCUUGGGACCUUCGAUACGGCCGAGGAGGCUGCUUUGGCCUAUGAUCAAGCUGCUUAUAAGCUCCGUGGGGACUUUGCUAGGCUCAAUUUUCCACAUCUCAAACACCAAUUCGGAGACUUCAAACCUCUUCAUCCUUCUGUGGACGCGAAACUUCAAUCGAUUUGUCAGAGCUUGAAACAGGGGAAAACAGAGGUCUGUUCUGUUGAGGAUGAAAAACCAACGACCAUUCCACUUCCAUCCGAAUCAAACUCAGCAGUUAACAAUUUCUGCGAGCUAGAAUUGAAGAGCGAAGUGGAAACCUCAUCUUCAUCUUCAUCCUCAUCUCCUUCACGGUCUGAAGAUUAUUCCACUUCCACCGGAUCUUCCCCUGAUUCAAGUAUCAGUUUCUUGGAUUUUUCAGAUUCUCAAUGGGGUGAAGGAGUAGAAGCAUUCUGUUUGGAAAAGUUUCCUUCUAUCGAGAUUGAUUGGGCAGCCCUGAGUCAGCUGGCCGAAUCAGAGUGUUAAUUAGUAAUGUUUUCAAUGUAAUUUGUGCUUUUUGAUAAUGUUGUCAACUUUGUUACAAAGAUUCUGCAGUGAAAUUUUAGGCAUUUGCAGAGUUCUUGUGUUAAAAUGAAAGUUUAGGAGUCGGUCCAUGAAAAAAGAAUCCUCUUUAAAGAGAUUUGUGGUUCGUCUUUAAUGGGUUGUAUUCCAUUUUGGUCUGCAGGUUGUUUUUUCUUCUCUUGCAUGGCCAUUUUGGACGUCAAAAAAAAAUGUAAUUAUGUGCACUUCGUGUUUUUAAUAUACACAUGUUGGUCUCUUGUAGUCU